CAAUUCGAAAUUUUCCUAAAAACAGAAGAAGAGACCUCUUCAAUUUUACUUGCCUUUUCAAUCCCGUUCGCCCUUCUUCUUUCCUUACCCUCUUUCACCCACCUGCUCUUUCCAGAACCAUCCCUGUUCCAACUUCCAAGAGGAUAUAUUUGAUAUUUUCCUAGUUCCCUGUCAGUUGUUUGUUUUGCAGGAAAGUUGAUUCCUUUUUCCAUUUUCAGUUAGAAAGUCUUCAUGAUCCCAGUGAAGAACUCAAACCCAUUUUUGUCAGAAAACCGUGGGUCUCUGUUUAGAGCAAGAAAAGCCAUGAAAAAUUGAGUAAAGCAAAAAAAUUUUCCUUCGCUCUCUAUCUCUCUCUCUCGGACUUUCCUUUUUGCCCUCUAAAUUCGCAAUUAACCGUUGAAAUGGAGAUGGAAAGCACUUUCUUCAAUGUUGAUCAAAGCAUAGUUGUUUUGAGUUUUCUUAACGCUUAGAGAAAAGGGGAAACAGAAAACAAAUUUGGGAAACUCUCUUUCUUUAGCGUCUUGUUUCAGUUUCUUUAGUUUCUUCAGUUCCGGAAAACCUAAAUUUGCCGGCAACUCUCCGGUGACUGGAAAGCUAUUGUAUUUAACAACAUUGUUAACUACCCUCACACUUUGUUUGGACAGGGAGAAACAGAGAUUUUUUCCUUAAAUUUAGCAGUCUAAUUGUCGAAAAAUAGAACUUUUUUGAGACAAUUUUGCAAUUUCCUUUUAGCAAAUCAAAUCCCGACAAUCCCUCUCUCUCCCUCUGUCCUCCCCUGCUUCCCCCUUUCUGUUUUCUUGGGUUCCCUCUGUUUGCAGGGUUAGGGCAGAGAGAAACUGAAACUCUCUCUUCUCUCAUCUCUCUUGCGGGAAUCAUGAUUUUUGAUAGUGGAUCAAAGCAAUCGAACCUUGACUGCUUUCUCCAUUGCACAACCCCUGUAGUCAAAUCGCAAUUCCUCCCCAAGAAUGAGAUUAGAAACCUUAAUCGGCUAUGGCACCCAGGGGGGAGAGAAAAAGUUGAAUAUUUCACAUUGGGUGAUCUUUGGAAUUGUUAUGAUGAAUGGAGUGCAUACGGCGCCGGAGUCCCCAUUGUUUUGAACAACGGCGAAACCUUGGUGCAGUACUAUGUGCCUUAUCUCUCUGCCAUCCAAAUCUUCACCAGCCAUUCUUCAGUCCAUAGCUUAAGGGAAGAGACAGAGUCUGGUGAUGGGGAGAUAAGGGACUCUCUUAGUGAUUCGUAUAGUGAUGAGAGUGAAUGUGACAAGCUGUGUAGAUGGGAUGGAUCAUCCUCCGAGGACGGGGGCUCUGAGCAAGAUUGCCUCUGGCAUGUAAAUGAAAGGUUGGGAUACCUUUACUUCCAGUACUUUGAAAGAUCAACUCCUUAUGGAAGAGUUCCUCUCAUGGAUAAGAUUAAUGGAUUAUCUCAAAGAUUCCCAGGUUUGAUGUCUUUGAGAAGUGUAGAUCUUUCACCAGCUAGUUGGAUGGCAGUGGCUUGGUAUCCUAUUUAUCACAUACCCAUGGGAAGGACCAUAAAGGACCUGUCAACAUGCUUCCUCACUUACCACACUCUUUCAUCAUCUUUCCAGGAUGACAUUGAUAGUGCUGGGAGGAAGCGAAAGGAAGGGGAAGACAUUGCUCUGCCACCAUUUGGCCUGGCCACUUACAAGAUGCAAGGAAAUGUGUGGGUCUCAGGCAACUAUGGUCGGGACCAAGAUAGGCUGGGGUCGCUAUUAAGCGUGGCAGAUUCUUGGCUAAAGCAGUUGAGGGUCCAGCACCAUGACUUCAACUACUUCAUGGGGAUUCGACGUGGCUAGAAACCACACCCGAGAAUUGUCUGUGAGAACCCAAAGUGAUUUGAUCACCAUAAGAAGCCUAAGAAAAAAAAAAAAAAUCCUACUUUUGGAUUUUUUUUCUUGAGCGUGUGAGCAUAAAGCAGGACUAAAGGAGCAUUGCUGUUGAUACUUGUCAUUGAUCAGCUGUUUUGAGGCCUUCCCUCUCUGGGGUUUCAACAGAUGGUAUGAGUUUUUUAUUUUACCCUAGGUCUUGCAGCUGAUUGAGGGUUGAUAUCCUUUGUUUCAAAAUAAAUUGGUGAGGUCUGAGAUGUACAGAAGAGAGGCUAUGAAACAUUGGGACACUUUCUCUCGUUUGUAGGUUUUUGACCAUUAAAGUCGCGCAUCUCUUUAUCAGUUUGGUUGAUUUAAGGAAAAUAAAUUUCCUUGAGUACUACCAUCUCCAAGACUUGAACUAGAGGUGGAAAGGCAUUCUUGAAUGGUUAGAUAUAGGAACUAUUACAUGUUUGUCAAUUGGGUCUCUAAAAAAAUUAAGAGGACAAACUCUUUAAAAUAAUAUUGUUUCAUUAAA